CCGGGCGCUCCGGUCCCCGCCCCGGGAGGGAGGCAGGAGCAAGGGAUCCGGGCUGCACGGAAAGACACGUGUGGGAGAGCCAGACCUGAGAGGGGCUGUCCUCUAACAGAUGAUUGACACCAAACUGGCGCCCAAGUGAAGUUUUCAGUGAGUCACCCGCGGUCCCGAGCGGCGGAGCCGCGCUCCCCCCGCUCCUCCGCGAUGCCCGCCCGGCUGCCCCGGAGCCUCCUGCGCCUCCUCCUCGGGCUGCUCAUGGGCACCUCGGUCCCCGCUCUGCUUCGGGCUGAAAUUAUGUCACCUGUAGACAGAAAUAAGGAAAAUGGAUUGCAAAUGCCGAACCUAUGCAAAUUUUGUGACACUAAAGUAACAACCUGCUCCAACCAAGAUCAGUGCAGGAGCAACUGCAACAUCACUGCAAUCUGCGAGAAGAAUAAUGAAGUCUGUGUAGCUAUAUGGAGGAAAAAUGACGAAAAUGUGACAUUAGAAACAAUAUGCCAUGAUCCCCAGGAAACACUCUAUGGUCACAUGUUGGAUGACUCCACCUCAGAGCGGUGUUUGAUGAGGGAAAAGAAGGAAAAUGGGGGGUUGAUGUUCAUGUGUUCCUGUACAGGUGAAGAAUGCAAUGAUCUGCUCAUUUUUCGAUCAGAUGACCCUCAUAAGCCAGAGGAGAAAGAUGAAAUUUCCAAAGUCACAAUUAUAAGUCUUGUCCCAUUACUGGUGAUUUCUGUUGCUGUGAUUGUUAUCUUUUAUGCCUACCGCACUCAUAAGAAGAGGAAGCUCAACAAGGCAUGGGAGAAGAAUGUUAAGCCCAGGAAACAUAAAGACUGCAGUGAUGUUUGUGCCAUUAUGCUAGAUGAUGACCGCUCGGACAUCAGCUCUACCUGUGCCAACAACAUCAACCACAACACAGAGUUGCUGCCCAUUGAGUUGGACGUUGUUGUUGGCAAAGGAAGGUUUGCUGAAGUGUAUAAAGCCAAAUUGAAGCAAAAUACAUCAGAGCAGUAUGAAACUGUGGCAGUAAAGAUUUUCCCCUAUGAAGAAUAUGCCUCCUGGAAAACUGAGAAAGACAUUUUUUCAGAUGCAAACCUCAAGCAUGAGAACAUCCUCCAAUUCUUGACUGCAGAGGAGCGUAAGACAGAUCUUGGUAAACAGUAUUGGUUGAUCACUGCCUUCCAUGCUAGAGGAAACUUGCAGGAAUAUCUCACACGGCACAUUAUCAGCUGGGAGGACCUCUGGAAAUUGGGUGGGUCCUUGGCCCGAGGGAUUGCCCAUCUACAUAGUGAUCAUACACCCUGUGGUCGCCCCAAAACACCUGUUGUGCACAGAGACCUAAAGAGUUCCAACAUCCUGGUGAAAAAUGAUUUAACCUGCUGUCUCUGUGACUUUGGGUUAUCUCUGAGGCUGGACCCUUCUCUAUCUGUGGAUGACUUGGCUAACAGUGGGCAGGUUGGCACAGCAAGGUACAUGGCCCCCGAGGUUCUGGAGUCCAGGAUGAACCUGGAGAAUGUGGAGUCCUUUAAACAAACAGAUGUGUACUCCAUGGCUUUGGUCCUCUGGGAAAUGACAUCUCGCUGUAAUGGCAUUGGAGAAGUGAAAGAGUAUGAGCCCCCAUUCGGUUCUAAAGUGCGAGAACACCCCUGUGUGGAAAGCAUGAAGGACAACGUCCUGAGAGACAGAGGGCGACCUGAGAUCCCCAGCUCCUGGCUUAACCAUCAGGGCAUCCAGAUGGUGUGUGAAACUCUUAUUGAGUGCUGGGACCACGACCCCGAGGCCCGGCUCACGGCGCAGUGUGUUGCAGAGCGCUUCAGCGAGUUCAAGCACCAUGACAAGUUAUCAGGUAGAAGCUGUUCAGAGGAGAAGAUCCCCGAAGAUGGCUCUGUGACCACCGCCAAGUAGCAGACACCUGAGAGCUCUGAAACGCAGGGAAGUCGCUCCUUAACACAUUCACCUUGGCAAAGGAAGAAGUCUCAAUCAGUGCCUUGACUUUCUUCCUGGAGGACUGAGGCUGUCACUACUCCUUUUAGGCUCUGGCUCUGGACAGAGAGAUGUAUUUGUGGGAAUUAAAAGCCGGGGAGCAAGUGUCGUACCCUAGCAUUGGCUGCCAGCAUCAUGUCAUAGGAGGAGUUAUGUAUGUUAGGACUUCCUCAGGAAAUGAGUUUUGAAAAUAGCCAAUAACAUUAUGCACUUUAUUAAUGCCUGUAUAUAACUAUGAAAUUGCUAAUUAUAUAUAUAUACAUAUAUAUAUAUAUAAAAUGUGUGUGUGUGUGUGUGUAUGUGUGUGUAUAUCUAUAUAUCUAUAAACAGCCAUGCUCUGGAAAAAAAGAAUUGAAAUAAAAAAAAACGUGCUUCUAGGAAAUUACCGGUGCAUGAGAGAUCCCUCCCUGCUUCGGGAAGUAGCCUGGGGAGACUGGCAUAGCAGGACACCAGCAAUUGUGUGCUAAGCACUCAAAGAUAGGAACAGGAGGUGAUAAGAAGACAGCUUUCAAAGCAUGUGCUGUGAACACCUGGCUGUGACCCGGCAGUUCACAGUUGCGGGACGAAUGUCACAGCAGACAGGCCAAUUUGGCUUUGCAGUCGUACCUAUGCAUUCAUGUCUGCAGCAUGUUUUAGACGGUUCAGGGAUGCCUUUGCUCUCACCUUAACCCCAGAGUCUUCAUAACGUCCCAGAACUAGGAUGUAAGGAGGUUUGGUACCUCCCACACGUGUGUUUCCAUACAGAGGUCAUUCGUGUUAUAUGUUUAUUGCUUUAAUUCAUGCUGUUUGCAAGGAGGUUACAAAAUAUCAGGCGGUUAAGUUUCCCCCCAAACCAUAUCAAACAAGAGAGGGCCAACAAUAAUCCAAGCAGAUGGUUUGUAUUUGCUGUGCAUUCUAAGUGCAGGCAAUACUGGGGUUUUUUUUUCCUUCCUUUUACCUUGAUUGUGCUGCUGUAAGAACAGACAUUUUUUUUCGCUGUACAUCUAAUCCCUAGACAUACCACAGUCUGACUCUGUUCCACGGUGUCUACAGAAAAGUAAGUGAAAAUGACCAGUGCCUUUAUUUUUACAAAAGGACUUGGAGAUGAAGGAAAGCUUUGUAGCGUUAGGCUAAUGACAUAUCCUGCCCUCAGAACUGCUUGCUCAAAGGACUGCCCUCAGCAAGUCAACAAUUAACAGAAAAAAAACUAAAACAGGUAAAGAUUAUUUAUUCCAAAAGGAUCCCUCAGACAUUGCUUACAUUCUUUCAGUUCUCAAAAAUGUUUUAAGACCAUUGACAUCACAUUGGGUCUACGUAAAUGAUAGCAAUGUGUUUAAUAAGUGCUAACAAUUUUGUCUUCAGGAGUUUUGCAGUGAUUUUUUUUCCCCUUUUUUCUUCCUCGUGGCACAAGCGGGCCUUGGAAAUUAGACAUUGAGCCAGCACAAACCAGUCCUGUACAGAAGUAUCUGGUGCCAUUUAUUAAACACCUUUGACAGAUAAAUAUUGAUAUUUCUCAAGAUUAUGUUGUGUAAGUCAUCAAAAAUUCAAAUUCAAGGAAUCAAAAAUUCAAAAGCAAGUUAAAAGUUACGGUGACAGAUAUUUUAUUUGAAAUGGUUUUGUAUCUGCUUGUUUUUUAUUUUAACUGAACUACUUAGAAAUAUUUAAACAGCAGGGCAAAACCUCAACAACUACAGUGAAAUUCAGAGGAUACUAUGUAAAAUUUUAGGCAGGGGGAUGGGGUGGAGGUGUGUGUUAAAAAAAGAGGGAAAAUUGGGCAAGUGGGGGGGCAGGAGGUGGGGCCAGCGGCCCUCUAGCAACACCCAAAGCCUUGAUGCUGCUGCUGUUGCCUGGUUGUCUGGAGCAGGAUGAGGGGAGAGGGGAUGUCAUGGCCCGUUUUUCUUCCUCCAUCCACGCUGAAGGUCAAGGAAUGAUGUCUGGUAGUUCCUGACAAUACUGACAUUUUUAUGGUCUUUUUUACUACUACAUGUAAAGGAAAGUUGUAAUUCUUUUAAGGAAUAUUUCACCUGUACAUCAUGUAUGAAAUAGGAAUGUGAACAUUAUAUAUUCUUGUAUAUCAAAUGUUUCAAGCACUUAACUUGCUUUGAAAACAGUUUUGACAUUUUUGAGGGGCUGUUUUGUUUUGUUUUGUAUACAUCAAAUGUUUAUCGGAGCAAAUAAAAUAACACAGACUCAAGU